AUCUCCCAAGUGGCGAGUAAAUUAACAGAAACAAAAUCAUCACCGAGUUCAUUCAAUCGUGAACCACCUUCGACCAACCUGCGUGCGGCUCGAUCGGAGCUAGGGUUUUUUCACUCGAGCUUCUCCGGCGGCUGAGAGGCGUCUUGAAUCGGACAAUUGAAGUCGCAUUCCAAAUUGGAGUUGUUUGCGUACCUUGAGAGCACCGGUGGUUAUUGCUCAACUAUGUAUAGUGGUUCCAGUGACGGCGAAGGCCAUGAGGCCCCGCAACGGAAGGUACCUCCAGCUUCGUCUAUGCUGUGGGUGAGGAACCUCAGGAGAUACAUCGGAACCGGUACCGGGCUGGGAUCUGAAGCUUUGAUGGAGCUUGAGACAAAAAAAAUUCUACUUGAUAUUUUCAAAGAGAAGCAACGGAAAACUGCUGAAGCUGGUACAAUCCCAAGUUUUUACAAGAAGAAACCUGAGGAGGGAUCCAUCAGCCACAGGGUUCAGAGACUUGCCAAGUAUCGUUUCCUAAAGAAACAAUCAGAUCUUCUGUUAAAUGCUGAUGAUCUAGAUGCAAUGUGGGUUUGCCUGAGGGAAAACUGUGUAAUUGAUGAUGCAACUGGUGCAGAAAAGAUGAACUACGAAGAUUUUUGCCACAUUGCUUCAGUAUGUGCUGAGCAAAUAGGACCUAAAUGUCGGCGAUUUUUCAGUCCCUCUAAUUUCAUGAAGUUUGAGAAAGAUGAGUCCGGAAGAAUUGCAAUCCUUCCCUUCUAUCUUUAUGUGAUGAGAACGGUUUCUCUUACUCAAGCGAGAAUUGAUAUGAGUGAACUUGAUGAGGAUUCUGAUGGUUUCCUUCAACCUCACGAAAUGGAGGGCUAUAUAAGAGGUCUUAUUCCAAAUUUGGCUCAACUACGAGAUAUUCCUGCAUCUUUUGUGCAAACAUAUUGUCGUAUAGCUGCUCGCAAAUUCUUCUUCUUUUGUGAUCCUGCAAGAAGAGGAAAAGCUUGCAUAAAGAAAGUGCUGCUCAGCAAUUGUCUGCAGGAAUUAAUGGAACUGCACCAGGAAACUGAGGAAGAAGUUACUGAUACUGAACAAGCGGAGAACUGGUUCUCCCUAACAUCUGCUCAACGCAUUUGUGACAUGUUUCUGGCUCUUGAUAAAGAUAUGAAUGGAACAUUAAGCAAGCAGGAGCUACGAGAAUAUGCUGAUGGGACUUUGACUGAAAUUUUCAUUGAAAGAGUAUUUGAUGAGCAUGUUCGUCGGAACAAGGGUGGAGGGAACACAAGGGAGAUGGACUUCGAUAGUUUUCUGGACUUUGUUCUUGCCCUCGAAAAUAAAGACACUCCGGAAGGGUUGACAUAUUUGUUUCGGUGUCUUGAUCUUCAAGGGAGGGGUUACCUUACAACAGUAGAUAUUCAUACUCUUUUCAGAGACGUGCAUCAGAAAUGGAUAGAGGGUGGGAACUAUGAGUUGUGCAUAGAAGAUGUAAGAGAUGAGAUAUGGGACAUGGUUAAGCCAGGCGACCCUCUAAAAAUUACUUCGAACGAUCUACUGAACUGCAAGCAAGGUGGCACGGUUGCAAGCAUGCUAAUUGACGUGCGCGGUUUCUGGGCUCAUGAUAACAGAGAAAACCUUCUCCAGGAAGAAGAAGAACCAGAAGAAGAAUGAAACGACUAAAAAGCCCUUCCUCUCUGCUAACCUGGAAAUAGCCUCUUAAGGUUUGGAAUUUGCAACAUAAAUCAUCAAGUCGAGAUCCCGUUCGAACUUCUUUGUAAAGUAGAUAACUGCUUUAAUGUACUACUUAUCAUGUUUGAGGUACGUACAUAUUGCUAAAUUUUAACAUGCUGUUCUGAUUCUGAAUGUUUUUAUAGUUCUACCUAGAGAUGUGAACUCAGCCAAAAUAUUUGGUGUAAAUCAAUGUAUACGGCACACAACAGAGCCACCAUGGAGAAACACCGAGGAUUAUUAUUGUAAAAGGCCUUUGGAAGCAAGAUGGUGAUUUUACCUCUAU